AUGCCGUCCACUACCCACCCCGAGUUCAACGAGAAGACCGAGGGCCUUGAGGUCGCCAGCACGUUUGCGGAUGGCAUCCGUGGCAAGACUGUUCUGGUGACGGGCGUGAACCGCGGCGGUAUUGGGUUCACUACUGCGCAGGCUUUCGCCUCCCAAUCACCCGCUCAUCUCAUCAUAGCAGGCCGCAGCACCACCAAGCUCGAGGAGUGCAUCAACGCGCUCAAGGCCUCAUACCCAGGGGUGGACUACCGACCCCUGACCGUCGACCUCUCAUCCCAAAAGUCCGUCCGCGCCGCCGCCGCCGCCCUGCUCUCCUGGCCCGACGUCCCGGUCGUUGACAUCGUCGUCAACAGCGCAGGCGUCAUGGGGAUCCCCGAGCGCACGCUCAGCGAGGACGGCAUCGAGCUGCACUUCGCCACGAACCACAUUGGGCACUUCCUGCUGACCUGCCUCAUCACGCCCAAACUGAUCGCCGCGGCCUCCGCGCCGGGCGUGCCCCGGGGCGCCGUGCGCGUCGUCAACGUCACGUCCGCGUCGCCCACCGCCGCCAAGAUGCGCUGGAGCGAUAUCAAUUUCGACAGGGUGAACAAGGAGCUGCCGGCGGCCGAGCAGCCGAACUACGCCUGGGUCGAGGCGUGGGGGUACGACGACGUGGCGAAUAAGAAGUACGUCGGGCUCGAGGGCUACAACCAGAGCAAGGUGGCCAACGUGCUGUUCGGGAUCGCACUCACGAAGCGCCUGUUCGACCAGCACGGCAUACUGAGUUUGGCCGUGCAUCCGGGCGUCAUAGGCACGGAGCUGGGGCGCAAUUUCCCGCCGGAGAAUCUGGCGCGCAUCGAGGCUAUGUUGGAGCAGGGCGUGUUCACGUACAAGAGAUUGGGGGCCGGGGCGUCGACGAGUCUGGUGGCGGCGCUGGACCCGCGGUUGAGCGAGGGCGUCGGGGAGGAGAGGGGGGGCAAGGAGAAUUGGGGCGCGUAUAUGAUGGAUUGUCAGAUCACGGAUAAGGCGCAGCCGCUGGCGGUGUCGAGUACCGAGGCGGAGAGGCUGUGGGCGCUGUCGGAGGAGCUGGUGAAGGAGAAGUUUGAGUGGUGA